UCAUUUCGGAUGGCGAUCAAUUAACUACUUUUUUUGAAAUAACCGUCGUCGACCAUAGAAUUCUGAUUUUGUACAUUGUACCAGACACCAGUAGGAAGUAUUCAAUAAUUUUGUAUUCUAAAUUCUGUAUGUUUACAUUCAAAUGUUGAUUAUUGACCAAGUAUUCAGUAUUUCAGUAUUUCGGACUUUAAUAGUUUUAUUUUUAUAGACUACUUGUGUGUAUGUAUCAACUGUCGGAAUACGUGCGUUCUUUGAUUUCCUGAAAUCCUUUUACGUCUCUUCUUCCGUUUCGUUUGUUUUAAAUUUGCAUUUAACAUGAGUAACUUCGCGCWCAAAUCGAAAGAAAACCGAAUACAGAGACCGCGACCSYCAUCGGUAACCACUGUGUCCUCUAAUACAACAUCAUCCGUGCCUCGUCGCACAGUAGGUUUUGGGACGACUACUGUGACGGCUGCAAAACCGAGUGGUGCUCAGUACCGUCGAUCCGUACCCACAACUAUUGGCAAGACACCGGAUCUACUACACCCUCCCAAGUUUGGCGGCCAACAGCUGUCCAACCGGGGUUGUAAGCCCGACAUCACUAAAAAUCUGCCAUCCAAACCUGUACAAAAACCACCGUCACAGCCUUGCGAACCAGAGGYCCAGUCAAGGGUUCCCCCCAAAGAAGUAUUUAAAAUUCCAACUGUAGCUAAUAUACCAAAAAAAGCUACACAAGUGGCCAAGCCACCAACAACAGUCAAUCAACUCCAAAGCAAUUUGAAGGCAACCACUCUUGAUGAAAAMCCUUGUAGUGAACAACAAAACAAUAAGAACAUGGGUCUAACAGAUAAAAAAAAUGAAAUGAAAUGGACUUUGGAUAAUUUUGAUAUUGGUAAAGCAUUGGGAAAAGGAAAGUUUGGAAACGUGUAUCUUGCCAGGGAAAAGAGUUCUGGAUUUAUUGUUGCUCUCAAAGUUUUAUUUAARACGCAAAUUUUAAAAGCAAAUGUUGAACAUCAGCUCAAAAGAGAAAUUGAAAUUCAAACACAUCUAAGGCAUCCUAAUAUUGUGCGUAUGUUUGGAUAUUUUCAUGAUGAUGCCAGAGUAUAUAUGAUUUUAGAAUAUGCACCUAAACAGUUGUACAAAGAAUUGCAAGCUCAAGAAAAUCAACGUUUCUCUGAAGAUAGGGCAGCAUUUUAUAUUAAGCAAUUAACCGAAGCGCUGAUUUAUUGUCAUGAUAAAAGUAUUAUACAUCGUGAUAUAAAACCAGAGAACCUUUUACUUACCAAAGGAGGUGACCUGAAAAUUGCUGAMUUCGGGUGGUCUGUUCAUACACGGGAUUCAAAGCGUAUGACAUUAUGUGGGACCUUGGAUUAUUUGCCACCAGAAAUGGUGAGCGGAAACUCUCAUGACAAAUCAGUGGAUGUUUGGAGUGUUGGUGUAUUAUUAUAUGAGAUUUUAGUUGGCAAACCACCUUUUGAAGCCUMGACAUAUGAAGAGACAUAUAAAAGGAUAUUAAAUGCUCAAUAUAUUUUUCCGCAACAUGUUGCUCCACUUGCUCGAGAUCUCAUAUCACGUUUAUUGAGAGUGAAACCAGAGACUCGUUUACCCCUCAAAGAUUUAUUGCUACAUGACUGGAUAAAAAUUCACACCUCUAAAAGUAACAAUAUUUAAGAUUUCAAUUUUAUGAAAUCCCUAUUUGUAUGUAAUUAUUAAAAAAAAAAAAUUGAACCAGGCUUGUUUUUAUAAAUUCAAUUUUUCUAUUAUAUUUGUUAUUGUGUCAAUUUAAUWAAGUGUAAUAAAACAAAAUUAGUGUAAUAAGACUUAGCAUUAAUAACAGUUCUUUGUAUACAACAUUUUUUUGUCCUAUUUUAAAAGCUUAUAAGUCUUAAUUUUGUAGUUUUAUUGUACCCUUAAGAAAUGAAUUGUGUUAUAUUUUAUUUGAACCAUCAUUAAUAAAUAAAAGUUAACAAUAGUUCUUUACUAUUGAUUCCCAUAAAAAAAAAAAAGUGUUGUAUACUUUUAUACUAAUAAUUUAU